AUGACGACCGAGAACUCCGCUCCUCCGGCCAAGAGGAGAAAAACAAAGACCAAAGACCCAAAUGUUAUUACGAUAGGAGGGAAGACCAUUUCCCUCGAAGGAUACCUCACUGCACCUGCACCCAAACCAGAGAAAGUUGCGCCCCCCACAACACCAGCUGUUGCUGCUGAGCUAGAGAAAGAGGAAAAGGAGAGAAAAGAAAUUCAUCUUUCUGAAAGGCCCAGAAGAAGCUUUAAAGACCGCCAGAAUGAGAAGUCGCGAAGUCGGGAGGACCCAAAGUUGCUCAAGACACGCAGACAGCUUCCAAUAUGGCAAUAUCGCGAGGAGAUCCAGCAGGCGCUGCGAAAGUCUGGCAGCGAUGUUCUUGUUUUAGUGGGUGAGACAGGCUCGGGAAAAAGUACACAGGUCCCCCAGUUUCUCUACCAGGAGCCUUGGUGUAAACGCCAAAAACUCAAGAUUGCUGGUUCAGAUGAUGAGAUUUCCGUGGGCGGUAUGGUCGCCAUUACGCAGCCCCGAAGAGUCGCUGCGACAACUUUGGCCCACCGAGUUUCUCAAGAAGCCGGCACACCGCUAGGAAAGGGACGACAAGACGGCCUGGUCGGUUAUUCAGUUCGAUUCGAUCACCAGGUUCCAAAGGGAUCAAGGAUCAAGUUUUUGACCGAGGGAAUGUUGCUCCAGGAAUUGUUGCGAGAUCCUAAUCUUCGAAAUUACAGUGCUAUUGUGGUUGAUGAAAUCCACGAGCGAAGUCUCGAUGUCGAUCUCCUAGUCGGAUUUCUCAAGCAGAUUCUUGCUAGUGACUUAUCUGGCCGUGGUGGCAUUCCCCUCAAGGUGGUCAUCAUGAGUGCGACAGCAGACGUCGAGGGCAUCCAGGAGUUUUUCAAGGACGUUCGGCCCAAGAAGGAAGGCGAGGAGACGCUUCAGGUCCUCAAUAUCAAAGGACGACAAUAUCCUGUUACGGUUCAUCAUGAGCCGCGACCUGUCCCCGAUAUCCAGGAUGCGCUCCUAAAAACGAUCUAUAAAAUCCACUUGCAGGAGCAACUCCCUGGAGAUAUUCUCGCUUUCCUGACAGGUCAAGAGGAAAUUGAGGCGGCGCAAAAGCUGAUCGAAGAAUACGCGGCAACCCUAGCCUCAAAUGUACCCAAGAUCAAGGUUUUCCCCCUGUACGGUCAGCUAUCGAUGGACGCGCAACGUGAAGCUUUCCUACCAGUCAAGGCAUCUUUUACUCGAAAGAUUGUGCUGGCGACAAAUAUUGCCGAGACAUCGGUCACUGUUCCUGGAGUCAGGUAUGUGGUGGAUUGUGGCAAAGCCAAGGUGAAGCAAUACCGAGCGCGACUAGGCAUGGAAUCCCUCCUCGCCAAACCCAUUUCCAAAUCGUCUGCCGUGCAAAGAACUGGUCGUGCCGGCCGAGAGGGCCCCGGUAAAUGCUUUCGAUUGUACCCAGAGGCGGCCUUCAAGACUCUCCAAGAUUCUGAUCUUCCAGAGAUCCUCCGCAACGAUGUACUGGGAGCAGUCCUAACCAUGAAAGCGCGCGGAAUCCAGGAUGUUCUUGCUUUCCCCCUCAUGGAUCCACCAGAAACAGAAGCCAUCGAGAAGGCUCUGAUCCAUUUACAUUUCCUGGGUGCGCUGAAUGAUGACGGCAGUAUCACAACAGUUGGUGAAACCAUGGCCCGCUUCCCUAUUUCUGCACCGCUGGGAGCUGUGAUUCUUGCUGCUGCCAAUCCUGAGUUUGACUGUCUGGUCGAAGCAAUCGACAUUAUCUCAUGCAUCACUUCUGGAGAGGAUAUUUUCCUGAGUAUCCAAUCUGAAGAAGCCCAGGAAGAGGUAGAAACUUUCAGAAAAGAGCUUCAGCGCCGCGAAGGAGAUAUCAUCACGUAUCUCACUACCAUCCAACAGUACACGGCGGAGAAUGCAGACAGGGUGAACUGGUGCAAACAACGAAAGAUCAACAUGCGCAACAUGAAACAGGCCUUGAACAUCAGAAGGCAGCUUCGCGGUAUGUGUCUCAAAGAGAAGUUAUUGGAAGAGGCCCCGCCGGCCGAUCCCCAACCAUUCGUUCCCAUCUCUCCAGAACGUGCUGAGCAAGUCCUCAAGUGCUUCUUACGGGGCUUCGCUCUCAAAACUGCUAUGUUGGCACCAGACGGGAGCUUUGUUACGGUUCAAGGCAAGCACGUUGUUGCCAUCCAUCCCGCCAGCGUAUUACAUGGUCAGAAAAAGGAGGCUAUCAUGUUCCUCGAGCAUGUUUAUACCAACAAAAACUACGCCAAGAAGGUCAGUUCUAUUCAGGCGGCGUGGAUUGCUGAGGCUUUAGAGAAGUAG